UGGUAGCUUCGGUGUGAAUAUCUCAAAUAUAUAUAAAUAGUGAGUUAAAUGCUGCCUCCAAUAUUAGAACAUUUGUUCCUCUCUCUACCCCUUGUGUGUUUGGCAGAAACAGAGAGAGAGACAAAUGAAGCAUUGACUUAGACAGGAAUACUGGGUUUUCACACAGAGUGGCUGUCUCAUAAAUAUUAGAAACUUCAGAGAGAAUUUCUGAGGAGCAGAGGCUUUUGAGUCAGUCCCAACUAUGAAGAGCGCCGUCAGAAUAUCUGCAUUGUUGUGGGCUGACAUAUUAGUGCUCUACGCCUUGUUUGAGAUGCAAGAUUAUCUCACUGAAGUUUGGGGGCUAAGUUUCACCCACGCUGCUGGAAUCCUCAACAUCUGGAAUGGAAUCUCUCUGGUUCUCCAACCUCUCUUCCUCUUUGCCGUCAGCACUUUUCUCGGAAAUUUCUACAUGCUCGUGAUCUCUAGCUCGUCAUACACUCUGGGAAUCUGGCUUCUGUUUAUGUCAGCUCCUCCGGUUCUUGCCAAUGCAACAGGCACGUGCAAGGAAUACGAGCAGGAAUGCAUAAGCAACACACACAAGUCUCUCCUCUACACGGGGAUGGCGUUAAUAGCUGUGGGAGUAGCUGGCAACAACGUGUCCGUGCUAUCAUUUCUCAGAGAGCAACGGGAAAAUAAAUCUAGGGGUGCGGUGAUAGGUUAUUUGAAGAUACCAGGUAUGGCUAUGGUGGCUAUUGUAGGCUUAGCAGGAGCCAUCGCGCUCCCUUACAUAAAACCAUGGACCUACCGGUUUGGAAUACCAGCGGUCUGCACUACUAUUGCUGGCAUAGCCUUUCUGACCGGUUUACGUUUUUGCACGUUCGAUUUCCCGGAUCCAAAUAGGAAGCGGAUAGAAAACUUGGGAAGAAUGUUUACCCUCCGUAUGUUACCAAUGUGGCUGACCUUCUUGGUGUGCGGGAUCAUUUCAUCAACGGGAAACACUUACUUUGUGGAGCAAGCAAAGAACCUGGACCGGCACCUCGGAUCAUGGGAGGUUCCUACUCAGAUUCUGCUGCUUGCUCAGACUUAUUUAGGCAUAUUGCUGGCAUAUUUGGCAAACUUCAGAGGACACGGGGUUGUAAAGGCGAAGAUAUUGGGUGUCGUGUGCUGCAUCGCGGCUGCAGGGGUGGAGAGGAGGAGACUUGGGGUUGUUAGAAGCGAGGGGUUGUUGGAUAAACCGGAGGACGAUGUCCCAAUGAGCGUGUAUUGGUUGUUGUUCCAGUUCGCGCUGCUGGGAGGAAUGGACAAGUUGUUAGAGGAGAGCGUUGCAGAGUUUGAUGAAGAAGACAAACCAUCUACAGAUGGAGACGAAGACAAACCACGUACAGAUGGAGACAAACCACCUACAGAUGACAAUGAAGCUGAUCCCAAGGAGUUGAAGAAACGAUGCAUUCAGAUCUUUAGUAAAGGGGUGUCUGGGCUGGGGUUCAUGUGUGGUGUGCUCUUGGUUUAUGUUGUGGGGAAAAUAAGUGCAAGGGGAGACCAUCCCAACUGGUUCCAGUUCAGCUUGAACCGGAGUCAUUUGGACCGCUAUUAUUGGGUACUCGCGGUUUUGAGUGGUGGCAGUUUAGUCCUAUACGUCGUCGUUCGCAAGUGUUGCUCCUGUUUGGGGCGGUGACAUUUUAUGUUUAAUUUGUGUAUUUUUAUGUCUCAAUUAUUUAAUGGUUGGAGUUACUAAUGGACUUCUGUUUGAGAAGUUCCUUCCUAGCAAGGGGGGAAGUCGUCUUAUUUUGGCUGAGUGCUUUUUUGUACCCAUAUUCUAAAUUUAUAAAUAUGCGUGAUUUGAUUUUUU